AUGCGGAGUCUCGGAAGGGUCUCGGCCUGGGCCCCCCGGGCGCUGUGUGCGGCGCGCGUGCCGCGUGCCUAUUUGAGCACGGACGCUGCGCCUGGUACGCACGAGACGAGCCCCGAGCAGGGCUACCAGGCGCUGGUCGACGGCGGGACCGUGCGGGACGACCAGUUCCAGCGCCGGAUCGUCGGCGUGCUGCAGACGCUGCACAACGAGCUGCGUGCGUACAAGCAGCCCGCGGUGCCCGACCCCGAAGAUGGGCUCGUGGAGCAGCCAAAGAAGCCGAGCAUGUUUAGCUCCUUGCUCUCGUUCCUGCCGCUGCCCGAGCAGGAAGAGGGCAAGCUGGAGCAGAGCAAGAUGCUCGGUGUCACGGAGCAGAUGCGCUCGCAGAGCGUCUUUGGCAAGCUCGCCUCUGCGUUUAGCCGUGCGCCGGCGGUGAGCACAGAGGCAGUGCGCCCCGAAGGCGCGCCGCAAGGCAUCUAUUUGUACGGCGACGUCGGCACCGGCAAGAGCAUGCUGAUGGACCUCUUCUACAACACGCUCCCUCCGAACAUCACGCGCAAGCGCCGUGUGCACUUCCACCAGUUUAUGAUCGAUGUGCACAAGCGCUCGCACGCGUACAAGUCCAAAUACCACCGGUCAUCGGGCAUCGUCGGCCAGGCGAACGCGCCGCAGGCGCGCUCGCUGCCCGGCGUGCCGCCCAAGCCGCCGUCCGCUGCCGACGCCCACGAGGGCGGCGAGAUUGACCCGAUCGAGCCGGUGGUGCGUGAGAUCGCGCAGCAGACCGAGGUCCUGUGCUUUGACGAGUUCCAGGUGGUGGACAUUGUCGAUGCCAUGAUCCUCCGCCGCGUGCUCGAGGGCCUGAUGCGCUACGGCGUGGUGAGCGUCAUGACGUCGAACCGCCAGCCGUCGGAGCUGUACAAGAACGGUAUCCAGCGCUCGAGCUUCAUGCCGUGCAUCCACUUGCUCGAGACGCAGUACCUCGUCACGGACCUCAACUCGGGCACGGACUACCGCAAGGUCGAGCAGGAGCGGCAUCAGGUGUACUACCUCGAGAACGACCCCCAGUCCAAGGCCGAGUUCGAGAAGCAGUGGGCCGCGCUCACCGACGGCCAGGAGAUCCGCAAGGACUACACGGUCAAGGUGUGGGGCCGCCCGCUGGUCGUGCCGCAGAGCACGAAGCAGGUGGCGCGCUUCUCGUUUAUGGACUUGUGUGGACGCCCUCGCAGCGCGGCAGACUACAUUGCGCUCUGCAGCGAGUUCAACACCAUCUUUAUCGAAGACAUUCCCUUGAUGAGCCUCGACAUGCGCGACUUGGCCCGCCGCUUUAUCACGUUUGUCGACGCAGCCUACGAGAGCAAGACGCGCCUGAUCUGCUCGUCCGAGGUCGAGCUGAUGAAGGUCUUUAGUGGUACGACCGCUAUGGACAAGAGCAAGGGUACCAGCGACCAGAUGCGCGCCCUGAUGGACGACCUCAAGAUGACCGCCGACGACAUCGGCAGCUCGUCCAUCUUUAGCGGUGAGGAAGAGAUGUUUGCGUUCGCCCGCCUCCUCUCGCGCCUGAGCGAGAUGGCGACACAGAACUACUGGAUGGCCUCGGCCCGCCGCGUUAAUUAG